AUGGCGAACUCAAAGACAGGGACGAGCACCAGCAAUUCAUUAGGAGGUGAGUAUCAGGUUUUCUUGAGUUUUAGAGGGCCCGAUACUCGACGUGGAUUCACCAACGUCCUCUACCAUGCCUUGAAAGAUGCUGGGAUCCACGUUUUCAUCGAUGACGAAGAGCUUCGACCGGGCGAGGUAAUUAGUGGCAACCUUCUGCGAGGGAUCAACGACUCUAAGUUGUACAUACCCAUCUUCUCUCCAAACUAUGCGUCGAGUCACUGGUGCCUCCGCGAGCUUGCGAAGAUGGUAGAGAACACCUCUAAAUCUAAAGAUGGGAAUAAGAAGGUAAUAUUGCCUAUCUUUUAUGACGUGAAACCUAAUGAUGUCAAGCUGAAAACCGAGUUGUACAAAAAUGCCAUAUCCAAGUUGGAGCAACAGAUGGAGGAUCAGAAAAAGGGGUGGUUUUUUGCCCCGGGUAAGAAGAAGUUCAGCACAGAGGAAGUGGAGACGUGGCGGCUUGCUUUGCGCGGAGUGGAUGGCACCAAAGGGUGGGAGUCGGAGAAAUAUACAGGCGAUGGGCAUCUAAGCAAGUCGGUUGUUAAUGAGGUUGUGAAUAGGCUUCAGACAAGACAAAGAAAAGUGACCGAAAGUUUAGUCGGAAUCGAAGAUCGAAUAGCAGCCAUAAACAAUUUAGUAGACAUCGACUCGGGUGGUGUCCGACUUAUUGGAAUUUAUGGGAUGGGCGGUGUGGGUAAAACAACACUUGCCCAAAAAAUCUACAACCAACUCUGUUCUCGCUUUGGGAAAAGCUGCAGCUUUCUUGCUGACGUAAGAGAAACGGCAAAAACCAAGGGCUUAGUCAAGCUGCAAGAACAACUAUUGUCCGAUAUCUCUAAGUCUAGAGUGGCUCGGAGCAUUGUUAAUAGUGAUGAUGGGAUCAAAGCGAUUGAAGAAACAAUUUGCAACAAGGAGGUACUAAUUGUCCUGGAUGAUGUUGAUGACGGCAACCAAAUCCGCACACUAAUCGGAAUGAAUUCUUUGUAUCCUGGUACUAGGAUAUUUGUUACCACUAGGAACAAUGGGAUUCUGGAUAUAAUCAGGGGAUUUAAGUACAGAUUCGAGCGUUAUGAAUUGGAAGGGUUGAGUGACAAGCACGCACUUCAACUUUUUUGUAGGCAUGCCUUCAAUGACGACUCUUCUCUAGCUGAUUUCUCCAGUCUUUCAAAAGACAUUGUGUCUACUACGGGUGGAUUACCUUUAGCUCUUGAAGCAAUAGGUUCAUCGCUUUAUGGUAAGAAAAAUAAAAAAAUAUGGGAAGAGAGGCUAGAGAAGCUAAGGAAAACACCUCACGAUGAUGUCUUGGGAAAGCUAAGGAUUACCUAUGAUACUUUAAAAUCGGGUCAACAACAGAUAUUUCUCGAUGUUGCAUGCUUUUUCAUAGGUGAGGAAAAGACUGAUCCAAUCUAUAUGUGGGAAGAUUGUGGGUUUGAUCCAGAGGAUGCUAUUGAUGUCCUUAUUAACAGAUGCCUAAUAAAGGUUCUAGACGAUAAUAGAUUUUGGAUGCAUGAUCAGUUUAGAGAUCUUGGAAGGGCAAUUGCUAAUCAAGAGCGUAGCAGGUUGCGGGCUAGAGAUGACAUCAUACGCGAAUUAAGAUCAACAGAGACCAACAAAAGCAUUCAAGCACUCGAUUUAAAGUCAUGGAGUCAAGCUCGAAUGACUAUCACUGCAGAGCAAAUUAAACGGUUCCCACAUCUACGGUGUCUUUGGUUGAGUAAUGUGACCUGCCAAGGAGACUUUACAAGCUGUCUUUCCGAGUUGAAAUGGAUCAAUUUGCAUUACUACAAUGUACGUGAUCCACAGUUUAUGGCAACCAAUUUGCAUCUAGAUAACGUGGUUGUGAUGUAUAUUGUUGGCGUAGAGUGGACCGAAGAUGCGGUCAGGAGCCUAAUCAAGGGGGCACGGAAAUUGAAAGUCCUCACUAUUCAAUAUGCUCACUCGUUACACAUGACACCAUCCUUUUCCAAACUCUCAGUUUUAGAGAAGUUGACCAUUUUUUCUUGCGGAUUUUUGAGGGAAAUUGAUUGCUCUAUUGGAAAACUGAAGUGGCUGACUGACUUGCAUGUUGAUUGUUGUGAGGCACUUGAAAAAUUGCCUGAAGAAAUUGGCCAACUAAACAAUCUUCAGCGCCUCUCUCUUGUGAGAUGUCGCAGCUUGAGGGAACUCCCCGGCUCAGUAUCGAAGUUAGAAUCGCUGACGAAUUUGGAUGUAUCGUUCACGAGCAUUACAAGAUUACCAGAUUCCAUUGGUAGACAAUUGCCUGAGACAAUGAGCAAGCUUAGUCAACUCCAUACACUGGACUUAUAUGGUUGUGAUGAGAUCCAAGAUUUGCCGGAGCUCCCCAGAAGUUUGAACACUCUAUGGCUUAGAUCUGAAUCGUUGCUUUUUGUCCCUGACCUCUCAAACCUUACAAAUCUAGUUGAACUGCUCGUAUCCGAUGUCUCUGAUACUUAUAAAACAUCAAAUAUAAUUCCUUGCAACAUGCCAUGGAUUGGGAGGCUAUCAAAACUGAGGAAGCAGCACUUGUGCCUUUUAAAUGUCCAAGCAACGUCUACAGGGUGGAGUUCCCUUUCUCUGCUGGAAAAACUUACUCUUUCUGGACUAGACUUGCAAACGCUGAAACAACUUCCGUCAAACUUGAGAGUUCUAGAGCUUGAUAACACUCAAGUGAUGCAAGUAGAACUCGACGGGCUAUCUCAGUUGGAAAAGUUGACCAUCACAAGAUGUGAGCUCGUCACAAGAAUAUCGAUCACAUCAAGUUUGAGAAAACUGAGAGAAGCUGAUGUGGAUUCUUGCAACAAGCUAGUUGAAGUUCAAAUUCUUGGCAUCUUAAAAUCGAUGGAGAGCAUAUCUUUUAGUGGAUGCAAAUCUUUAGAGAGGUUGGUUUGUCUGUCGGAGGAGGCAGGGUGCAAUGAGCUCCAAGCUCCCGAGUUGAGUGAUGGUUGGAGGAGAGUGUCCCUUGUCUCAAGCUCCCUAAAGAUGCUCCAAAAAUUCCAGUUGUGGAGGUGCCCAGAGCUACAGGAAAUUCGAUUUAUUUCCACGUUGGAAGCAUUGAAAGAAGUUGUUGUCCGAGAGUGCACGUCAUUAAAAAGGUUAGACGGUUUGUCAAACUUGAGGAAUUUGAAGUGUUUAGAAAUUAAAGGGUGCGAGAGCCUGCAGACUCUCGAGGGCAUGAACGAAUUAGAGCGUUUGGAGCAGUUGAAAGUAUAUAGGUGCAGUUCAAUGGAAAGGAUUAUGGAUGCAUCAAGCUCAAAGAUACCAAAGAAGUGCCAGAUACUAAUGAGGGAUUGUGGGGACUUACUCGAUACUGGUCCAUAUAGUUCAAGCAUCACGUGGGAGUCUUACAGAGAGAAGAUUCUGAAUGAACGAACACAAACGUCGGACUCUGAGAUUGCAACAACUUUAAGUGACUUUGAAACAGAAACAGGGGAUCCUCUGUUGGAAAAGUAUACUGAUGAGUUCAAUCACUUGCGGAUGCAUUGUGAUGUGGCUAAGGAAGAUGAGCAAACAAUUGCUCGAUAUUUGGUAGGGCUGGGGAUUGAAAUUUCUGAUGUUGUCCAAUUACAACAAUAUUGGACCUGUAAAGAUGUGUGCGAAUUGGCCUUGAAGGUGGAACUGUAUUGUAAGAUGAAGGGCAGCGAUUCUAGAUUUCAGAAGCUAGUCUACGAUGAAUCUGAUGGAGAACAAGAGAAUGCGGAUCCAGAUAAGGAAGAGAUUAUCUACGCCGAUUCUAGUGAGUUACUAGUCGUUAAAAGAAUUUUAAAUGCUUUUGUGGCGGAAGAUGAAUCGUGGCUUAGGCAUAAUAUUUUUCAUGUUAAGUGCACUAAUGGAGGAAAAGUAUGUAGCAUAAUAAUAGAUGGAGAGAGCUUCGAGAAUGUGGUGUCCACUACCAUGGUGGCGAAGUUGGGGCUGAAAAUAGAAGAUCAUCCUCAACCAUACAAGUUGACGUGGCUUAGGAAAGGGAACGAGGUGAAGGUGAGCAAGAGGUGUCUUGUGCAAUUUUCGAUUCGGAAAAUGUAUUCUGAUGAGGUGUGGUGUGAUAUAGUCCCAAUGGAUACUUGUCAUAUUCUGUUGAUGAGGUUGUGGCGGUUCGACGGGAAGACACAACAUGAUGGCUUUAGAAAUACCUGCACCUUCAAGAAGGAUGGCCAUACCAUUACCCUAGGUCCCUUAGAUUUGAGAAAGGAGGUAAAGAAUAAUUUGCUAUCCAGGUCGAGUUCCAGGGAAGAGGCGAUGAAUGCGCAUGAGCUUUUUGCCAUUGUGGUGAUUGAGCAGAAUUCUGACAGUUCAGAAAUUCCUACGCAAGUUUUGUCCUUGCUUGAAGAGUUUGCCGAUGUCGUACCAAAAGAGACGCCACCUGGGUCAUUGCCCAUGAGAGACAUUCAGCAUUUUAUUGAUUUCAUUCCAAGAGUUGUUAUUUCCAAUAAGGCAGCUUACGGAAUGAGUCCUAAGGAACAUGAGGAGCUGCAGAGACAAGAAAGCAUUCAGAUGGAUCCAAUUAAGAUCGAGGCCAUUACGAAUUGGGAGACUCCGAAAAAAUUUCAUGAGGUACGCAGCUUUCAUGGGUUAGCGUCCUUUUAUCAGAAGUUUAUUUGGGAUUUCAGUACCAAUAUUGCGCCUCUUACAGAUUGUGCGAAGGGAGGUAGAUUUGUGUGGACCAAAGAGGCGGACGUUGCAUUUCGGUUAUUGAAGAAAAAGGUGGCUGAAGCCCUAGUUUUAGUACUUCUAGAUUUUAGUGAGGUUUAUGAUGUGCAUUGUGAUGCCACAGACGUUGGUAUUAGGGGCGUCCCGAGCCAGAAAAAUAAACCUGUGGCAUUCUUCGGUGAGAAGUUAAAUGAAGCGAAGAGAAGGUGUUCGACUUAUGACAAGGAAUUUUACGCCAAAGUGAGGAGCUUGGAGCAUUGGAGGCACUACCUUAUUUCGAAGGAAUUUAUUCUAUAUUCUGAUCAUGAGGCCUUGAAGUACAUUUAUGGGCAGCAUAAAUUGAAUGUUAGGCAUGCAAAGUGGGUGGAGUUUCUUCGGGUUUUCAGUUUUUCCAUUAAACAUAAGGAGAUUGUUAAGUUACAUGAAGUUCCCAAAUCCAUAACCUCUAAUCGUGACGUGAAGUUUAUUGAGUGCCUGAGUGGGUACAAUGUAUCCGGGACUUUUAAUGUAGCAAAUUUGUCACCUUACCAUGCAGAUGAGGAAGAACUUGAGGAGAUUGAUAUCAAUGAAAACGAAGCAGAUUCGAGGGCGUUUCCUAAUAGGUGUGGAUGA